ACUAUGACAUGGUGGAUUACCUGAACGAGCUGCGGGAGGGCUGUCUGGAGGCCUACACGGGSAUCAUCCAGGGCCUGAAGGGAGACCAGGAGAACGUGCACCCUGACGUGAUGCUGGUGCAGCCCAGGGUGGAAUUCAUCCUGUCCUACAUCGACCACAUCGCCGGGGACGAGGAUCACACGGACGGGGUGGUGGCGUGCGCCGCCGGCCUCAUCGGGGACUUGUGUACAGCUUUUGGGAAGGAUGUCCUGAAAUUAGUAGAAGCCAGACCCAUGAUCCACGAACUUCUAACGGAAGGGAGGAGAUCCAAGACGAACAAAACGAAAACGCUCGCGACCUGGGCCACGAAAGAGCUGAGGAAACUCAAGAACCAGGCUUGGUAAGGCCUCAUCCUGCUCUUAAAUCCU